AUGAAUUCUGCCAAUCAUCUCUUAACAAGAAAGCAGCAACCUCUCUGUUCGCUGGUAGUGAAUCGCCACCACGGCCCUCAAUCUCCCAUGGCCUUUGCCCGGUUUGUCACCCAAAGCUUUGACGCGAAAGAAUUGCUCACAAACCCUGAAAUAAUUUCACCGCAUCAAUCUUCAAUCGAUUGUUUGGCGGUCGACAAGACGAAUGGCAGGUUUUUGCUUGCUGGAUCUGCGGAUGGAACCGUUUCCAUUUUCGAUUUAAGCAAGUGGGGCUCGGAGCACCACAUUCGGCAAGGCACCAACAACAACAGUCUUGCCCGCAAAUCGGCCUUUCAUCCCAUUGCUCGUUCCAUCAAAGUGACGGCGCCUCAGAACUAUGACAUUCCCGAAGGCCAUUCCAGUUCGGUAGCACAUGUCCAAUGGUAUCCUGUGGAUUCAGGCGCAUUCUUAUCAACGGCCUACGACGGGACUCUAUUGUUUUGGGAUACCAAUCAAAUGCAACCCGUCCUACGGGUGCAUCCCUUUGACGACGAUGCUGGAGGAGGUGGGAUCGCCCAUUUGCAAACAGGUGGAGAUCAUUCCUUGAUUGCCGCUGGUUCUUGGAAUGAUGAUGCCAUUAAACUAGUGGAUAUUCGAUCGGGAUCUCACUCUCAUGAAUUGUCAGGUCACACGGAUGGUAUUUCCACCUUGCAAUGGAGUCCCAACAUGCCGGUGGUACUGGCUUCGGGGUCCAAAGAUGGUACGGUUCGCCUCUGGGACAUUCGCAAGAGUGGAAGCCGAGCCUGCAUUACCGUGUUCAACCGCGAAGUCACAGCUGUAUCUACUUUCAAGCCCAACAAACCUUACAAAGCUGACUAUGCACACCUUCGAGAAAAAAAGCCGAAAGGAAAGCCGCCCUUGACCAAAAUCAAGAAACGAAAACGGGCCUCGGCAUCACUUGCUCCCAACUAUUAUCAGCACUUGCAAUCAGAAUACAUCUUGUCGCAUUCAGUAGGUCAUGUGGGCGCUUUAAAGUUUUUCCCCAAUGGCCACUACCUGGCUAGCAUCGGUGGAGUCGACGGAGACUUGUGCCUUUGGGACUUGAGGACUGCGGGUAGUCCACAGCGACAAAUUGUCAAAUUUGUGGCUCCCGGAGGAACGCGGCCAAGUACAGGGCGACUGCGCAAAGCACCCAUGAUGGUAACAGGACCCCUGUAUUAUAGUAGUCAAGGCAGCAUGGCCACAAGCAUUUGGGUUGCCAAGAAUCACAACAUUUUGGGAUUUGGAAUGGAAGGUGGGUCGCCCCAGCAGGUCCUGAAGGGUCAUUUGAACAUGAUUACUUGCAUUGAAGCGUGGGAACCAGGGCGUAGGUUAGUAACAGGCUCCAGGGAUGGUAUGAUUUUGUGUUGGGGAAAACCAUCAGCAAUGGGAAACUCAAUACCUAUUCUGGACACAGAUGCAGACAAUUGGUAA